AUGGUACAAUGCAGCUCUGUCUGUGCUCUAGUUCUUUCCCUUGCUUGCACUAGCUAUGCUCUCAGUCCUCCGGUCAAGGUCGAGCUGCAGUCUUCUUGGCUUGCACCGCCACCACUUCUUGAGUCGAUAGAAUCCAUUGCUCUGGAAGAACCAGAGGCCUUCUUCCCUCUCCUCGAUGUACUCACCAACCCAGAGGCGCAACCGGACCCGGUUCCGACUUCCUCGGAGGCAGCCCACAAGUACGCCUUUGACACUGCGUUGGCGGAGGGCUUCCUAGCGGGACCUGGCGCGCAUGUCUCAGCCGAAAUGAACCUCGCAUUGCACGCUGCGACGCCCAAGAUAGAAGCGUUCUACCAGUACUAUAUGGAUCGGCACGCAGUUCGGAGGGACGCCAUAGACGACGCUAGAUGUGAGUCGUGGGUGGAUUGGUACGGAGAGGUCGUCUGUGAUGGGGAGACUCUCGCACGUCUCGCCGGCGUAGACACCAUCGGCCCUCCGAACUCGAUUGACGCAGAAAAAUCGUACACGUCCCCGAAGCUCAUGUCCUUCGACCAUGUCGAGCCGUCGCCCGCAUUGACGCUAGAGCGCCCGCCUCGCACCGCUAUUCUCUAUGCCUCGCUGUCAUCCGCCAACUUCUGGGAACUGCAUUCAUUCCUAUACGCAUCGUCUCGGGCACCCAACCCGCAUCUUGAGUAUGUUCUGCGGCCUAUACCGCCCGCCGUACGUGAUGACUCGAAGAGAAGCUACCUUUCUGGCUACGGCGUCGCCCUUGACCUAAAGAAGAUGGACUACCUCGCUCUGGAUGACAGACGACAAAGCUCCGAUGAAAACACAGACGAGGUGGAUGACGCUACGCCGUCCGCGAUAGCCACGGACCCUGUCAUGGCCCUGAUUCACCAGUACCCUGAGAACACGACCGCCGAUGCAAGCGCACCCCUCACUGCGGAGGAACUUCUCGAGAUUGACCUGCAGGCUGCACAGAUCAUCCGAGACGCGGACGAACCUCUCUCGAUCCUAAAGCAACUGGCCCAGAACUUCCCGAGGUACGCCACGUCCCUUUCCCGCCAGGUGACAUUCGACGCCGGCCUCGCGGAGGAAGUCGAGAACAACCAGGUAGUCGCGCGAAGCGGCACCAACGUCGUAUGGCUCAACGGCGUGCUCUUGUCCGAGAAGGACAUGAACCCUUUCGCCUUGCUGAGGCUGCUGAGGAGGGAACGUGGGAUUAUGCAGUCGUUGACGUCGCUCGGGUUGUCGACAAGCCAGGCACUUGAGCUUCUCACGCAUCCCUACAUCAGCGCGGCUCAGAGCGCGUCAGAUGUCCUGGACGGUAUAGUCGAUGCUAGCGACCGACAAGAAGGCGGCGACGUGAUUCAAUGGCUGAACGACUUCGAGAAGGACUCGCGAUAUGGACGAUGGGCGAAAACUCUGAACGUGUUCCUGCGUCCUAUGUACCCUGGCCAAUUCCCCAAUUACGGAGGUAACAUCUUCAACAUCGUGAUCGUCGCGGACUUUUCCCAGACCAGCUCGCUACACUUCCUGGCGACGACCAUCUCCAACAUCCUCGCCCGUAACUUCCCGUUCCGGUGGGGUAUCGUGCCUAUAGUGGAGACCGAGGAAGCUGCGAAGAUGGCCCGUCUGCUGUUCUACCUGAUGGAACGCGUCGGGAAGGCCAACGCCUUGGAGUUUGUUCGUCACAUUUCGCAAGGUAACAGACCCAUGGAGACGACUGUCCCCACAGUGGACUGGGGCUUAGUGCGCAACGCCUUCAACUCGUUCCGAGCCUCUAGUCAAGAACAUGGGGAGGCUCCUAUUCCUGAACUGGACGUAAUACUCAACGGCGAGGUUGGGGAGCUGAACGGAAAUGUAGAGAAGGCGCGAGCGUAUGCAGCCAGGCUUGGUGCCACGUCGGAAGCUGCGCCGCAUGGACAUGCCUUCGUCAACGGGAAGCACUUCGACUUGGAUGACCAUUUCUUGCAACUCAUGCAGGUGGAGCUCCGGGAGGAGAUGGAAUAUAUCCAAGAACAACUCAUCUUGGGAAUACUGACGGAUGCCACGGCGGGCGAUAUCUCGACAUACUUCUACGGCUUGCCUGUUGCGUCGAAGAGGAGGAACAAACACAUUUAUCCAUCCUCCAAGGCCGGCGACUUGCGAAUCAGCAACCUGUUCGAUUCGGUCGUGAAGUACGGUUUCCCGAAUGGACCAGGGUCGUUCGUGUAUCCUUCUGAGCUGCAACAGGUCCCGCUGACGACCUACGUCGUCGCUGACUUGGAUACUGAAGCCGGCCAAGCGUUCGUGAGAGAAGCUCUGACUGCCGCGGGCACGGAGUUCCCAUCGCGCAUCACAUUCAUCCACAACCCCGCUGCUGGAUCCGCCGAGCCCGUCACCCGCCCACAAGUGUCAUCACUCUUCACGCAGCUGAUUAUCAACGGCCUUCUCGAGCGUGCCUCGCCUAGUCGCCUUCUCAAGAUCCUUGGCUUCGGUGACGUCGCAGUGCCUAAUCAUAACCGACAGAUCGUGAUUUCCCCGGAGAGCGAGUUGGAUGAGAUACUAGGGAAGACAGAGCUGAACGACGAGGAAUACACGGAGUACAUCAAGACGAGUCGCCUUGUUGUGCGAGACCUGGGCUUCGCUCCUGGACAACAGGGUUGGUUGUCAACGGUCAUCAUUGGGCCUGUUGCCCCCGGAGAGUUCGAGUCGCAGGACUUUCCUAUCCUGUCGGCUUAUGAGCUUCGAAAGCGUGUGCAGCCCGUUAUCGAUGCAUUGCAGAAUGUGACGGAGUCGCUUCAAGAGUAUGAUCGGGCUUCGUAUGCGGAAGUGGUCACGCUGGCUUCUUCGCUGAUAUCAGCCAUCGAGCUACCGGACCCUAGUGAGGUUGGGCUCAUGAACACGCCCCACAAACCUCGCCAGUUAAAGUAUCAGCUUCUGGACGGAGAGUACACGUGGCGCUUUCACUCUGGGGAUAACUCGACAGCGUUCUAUCACUUCGGUAUUCUACUGGAUCCCCUGAGUGAAGCUGCGCAAAAAUGGUCAAGCUUGAUGCAGUGGCUGCUCGAGAUCCCUGGAGUGACGAUAGAAUUGCAUUUGAAUCCUGCCAAGUAUGGAGAGCUCCCGCUCAAGCGAUUCUAUAGAUACAAUCUCUAUCCCAGACUUGCAUUCGACGAAAGCGGGAUGGAAAUCCACGUUCAGACAGAGUUUACUGGGCUCCCCAUCGAGCCGAUUUACACACUUGCGAUGGACGUCCCGCAGUCAUGGCUAGCUCGACCACGCGAAUCCUUGCAUGAUCUCGACAACAUCCUCCUUGCGGGCCUGUCUGCCCAGGAUCGUGUUCAGGGCGUGAAGGCAGUGUUCGAUCUCGAUUACUUGGUCGUCGAGGGCCAUGCGAGAGACAUGUUCACGAAUGGUCCCCCUCGCGGGCUCCAGCUUCAACUCGCGUCGAAUGCCGGUGCUCCCAUCGCUGAUACGCUGGUUGUCGCGAACCUUGGUUACCUGCAAUUCCGAACCAAGCCAGGGGUGUUCCGCCUCGAGAUUCGUCCAGGGAGAGGGCGCGAAGUCUUCAGAAUGGAGAGCGUUGGCAACGAGGGUUGGGGUAGUCCGUCGGUGGAACAAUCCGGAGACGAGAUUACGUUGACCAGCUUUGAGGGUCUGACCUUAUAUCCACGCCUGGUCAGACUUCCGGGCAUGGAGAGAGUAGACGUCUUGGCUGAUGUUGCUCCGGUUCAUUCAUCACAAUCUGGAUUGCUAGACACCGUAGUCUCUCGCAUAUCGUCACUCUUCGGCGCCCAUACGACCCAGGCAAUGACUUCAAUUGAGAACAAACCAGCGGAGAUCAACAUCUUCACAGUGGCAUCAGGGCUGCUCUAUGAACGCUUCGCGUCCAUUAUGAUCUUGAGUGUCUUGCGCAACACGAAUCAUAGCGUCAAGUUCUGGUUCAUCGAGAACUUCCUCUCGCCGUCGUUCUUGGAAUUUCUCCCUCACUUUUCUGAGGCAUACGGUUUCCAGUACGAGCUCGUAACAUACAAGUGGCCGUCCUGGCUCCGGGCACAGAAGGAGAAACAGCGUAUCAUCUGGGCCUACAAGAUCCUAUUUUUGGACGUCCUUUUCCCCAUGGACCUCAAGAAGGUCAUCUUCGUCGACGCGGAUCAGAUCGUCCGGGCCGAUCUGAAGGAACUCGUCAACCUCGACCUCCAUGGUGCUCCCUACGGGUACACCCCCAUGGGCGAUGACAACGUCGAGAUGGAAGGGUUCCGCUUCUGGAAGACCGGAUAUUGGAAGGAAUUCCUUAGGAACCUACCGUAUCAUAUCAGUGCGCUAUACGUGGUCGACUUAGUUCGCUUCCGACAGAUGGGUGCCGGCGACAUACUGCGUGGCCACUACCAACAACUAUCCGCUGAUCCCAACUCACUUGCAAACCUCGACCAAGAUCUUCCGAACAACCUACAACGGGAUGUGCCCAUUUUCUCCUUACCUGAGGAUUGGCUAUGGGCAGCAAAGAUCGGCUGCACCGCGCAAAAACGAUUGAUCUCUGCCAAAACCCCCUCACGAGCCAAAGCUCUCUCGUGCACGUCAAUCCCUGAGUGGGAAGAGUAUGACACGGAGAUUGCGCGUUUCGCGCGUCAGCUUGCCGAAGAGGGCAAGAUGCUUUCUGGGAUCGUCGCUGCUGAUGUGAACGUCCUUGCAGAGGUGGGAUCGAGCAAGUCGCCCGCCCCGGACGUCGGGACGGAGAACGAGGUGGAAGAAAGUGUCCCGAGAGAUGAGCUGUGA